UCAAUUUAGAAUUGAUCUGUUUAUAACAUUCUACAAACCCCUUUUACUUUUUAUAAACACGCUCUCCAAAUGUUCUAAAUUGGACAUUUAUCAUUUUUAAUUUGAGUUUUACACCCUUAUUUUGAAAUAAACUCUAAUUUGAUUGAUAAUUUCAAGAUGUAACAAAUAACCUGUUCCAGGUAUUUUGUUAUAAAAAGCCUGUUAAAAACAAGAGCGCUGUGGUCCUAUAGUACUUUUGCUGUAACAAUGUGAUUUAUAAAGCUAAGUCUUCGCAGCUUUUAUUUUGAAAUAACAUAAAAAACGGAAUUCUCUCUGCCAAACUUUUUUAAAGACAUGUCCUUUGGUCAUUAAUCCAUGGAGUGCUCAGGGGGAAGUGGGUCAGACUCUGGUUUCAAAACUGACUAUAAACUGGAAAACAUAGGUACAAUUUUCAGCAAAAUUCAAAGUAUGUAUAUUUGAUGGUAAUAAAGUCAAGCACGGGAGAGUCACUUUCAUGGUUUGGGACUUUUUUUCCAGAUUUCUAACGUUCUUAGUGCAGUGGGCGUGUCUUUCUAUGCAAAUCACAACCUGUGUAAACAGAAGGUUGGGUCCUCCUCCCGCACAUGUCCCCGAUCCUCCGGCGGAGCAGCCGCGUGCUCAGGAAGACGCGCAGCUCAGCACACGUCUGAGCUCAUUCUCUGGUUCAGCGAGCAAGCGGAGGGAGAGACUGCGAUCGGAGAUUUCAUGCCCUGCUCGACAUGCCACCUCACAUGGAUUACUUCUACCACGAGUCCCGAGUCCCUUCAGCCUGCGGGCUGACCCGGGAGGACGAGCUGGAUCCCGCAGUGAUCAGCUGUAUGCUGAUCGGAGACGGUGCAGUGGGGAAGACCAGCAUGAUCAUCAGCUACAUCUCCAAUGGAUACCCGGCGGAGUACAAACAGACGGGCUUUGAUGUUUUCUCAGGUCAGGUCCAAGUAGAAGGAUCUCCAGUCAAAGUUCAGCUCGUGGACACAGCAGGACAGGAAGAAUUUGAUGAAUUCAGAGCCAUGUCCUACGAACACGCGGACGUCUUCCUGCUGUGCUUCAGCAUGGUCGACCCGGCAUCGUUUCACAGCAUCACCAAGAAGUGGAUACCAGAGAUCCGGGCCCACAACCCCUCCUCGCCCGUCAUUCUGGUCGGGACUCAGUCUGACCUCCUGCUGGACGUCAAUGUCCUCAUCAACCUGGACCGAAGCAACGUCAAGCCCAUCCUGAGCCCCAGAGCCCGCAGCAUGGCGGAAAAGAUCAGGGCCACGGACUACAUCGAGUGCUCCUCGCUCACGCAGAAGAACCUGAAGGAGGCUUUCGACGCCGCCAUCUUUGCUGCCAUUAAGAACAAAGCGCGCAAGAGCAAGAAGAGGAGGUUUUCCGACAGGCGCACCAAAGCUUUCUCCAGAUGCAGCUGGAAGAAGUUCUUCUGUUUCAUAUGAACUCAUCUUCUUCUAAAAAAAAGACAUUUUAACUUAUUUAAACACUUUAUAUCCACUUUUGAUCACCUCUCAGAUUUGUGGUAUCCUUCUGUUGCUUCAAAACUUUGUCUUGGAUGCCAAAUAUGGGGAAAAAAAGGACAUCAAGAGUAUCAUGGAGUAUUUUCAUGCCACAAAACUUCAAUAUUUGUUCCAAUUCAGCAGAAAAACAACCAAAUUUGCACAUUUUCUUGUGUGUCCAUCUUUACAAAGUACCGUAAAGUCGUCUGAGGCGUUCAGGGACAGGAUUGUAGCAGCAUGGGGGGGGGGGGGGG